GCGCCAACAAGUGCACAUUUUUCCUCUCACUGCUUUCCAAGUCUCACACUUCAGCAGUGAACUCUCUUUCUCCUUCUCUCUCUAUCUUUCUCUCUCUAGCCUUUUUUCUCAGUCCUCCUUUGCCUCCAUCAUCCAUUAGCUUUUCUCUUUGUGCUUUUUUCAUUAUAUUGACUAUCUCUCAUUCUCUCUAAAAUUGGAUUCCAUUACAUUCAUUAAGCAACGAAACCCUGAAAGGAUCUCUCUCCCUCUCUGUAUUCUUUGCUACAUUUGGUAGAAACCCAUUUGUUUUUAGAGGCAGAAGAGCGUUGUGAAGUGGGCAUAAGCCAUGGCAGCUCCUAAACCAGAAGAGAUAAGCCAUCCACCAAUGGACCAACUUCAAGGCUUAGAGUACUGCAUUGACUCAAACCCAUCUUGGGGGGAAUCAAUAGCUUUGGGUUUCCAGCACUACAUUUUGUCCGUAGGAACUGCUGUGAUGAUCCCAUCCUUCCUUGUUCCUUUUAUGGGUGGCACUGAUGGUGACAAAGUGAGAGUGGUGCAGACUCUACUUUUUAUUCAAGGAAUCAAUACACUUCUACAAACAUUAUUCGGAACCCGGUUACCAACUGUGAUUGGAGGGUCUUACGCUUUCAUGGUCCCAAUUAUAUCCAUAAUUCAUGAUUCAUCAUUGACGAGUAUUGAGGACGACCAUAUUAGAUUUCUUAACACCAUGAGAGCAGUCCAAGGUGCUCUCAUAGUAGCAUCAAGCAUACAAAUCAUUCUGGGAUACAGUCAAAUUUGGGCCAUCUGUUCCAGGUUCUUCAGCCCACUCGGAAUGGUUCCUGUUAUUUCAUUGGUUGGUUUUGGCCUGUUUGAUAGAGGAUUCCCCGUGGUUGGAAGGUGUGUGGAAAUUGGCAUCCCCAUGCUUAUCCUUUUUGUAGUUUUCUCUCAGUACCUGAAGAACUUUCAUGCAAGACAGCUACCAGUACUGGAGCGAUUUGCUCUUCUCAUAUCAAUCACAGUGAUAUGGGCAUAUGCACACCUCUUGACCGCCAGUGGUGCAUACAGACACCGCCCAGACGUAACCCAAGUCAAUUGCCGAACUGACAAGGCCAACCUCAUUUCUUCUGCUCCAUGGAUAAAAAUACCUUAUCCUCUUCAAUGGGGUGCCCCUACCUUUGAUGCUGGCCAUGCUUUUGGAAUGAUGGCUGCUGUUCUUGUUUCAUUGAUUGAGUCAACUGGAGCAUACAAGGCUGCAUCACGUCUAGCAAGUGCCACAAUACCUCCAGCACAUGUUCUUAGUCGUGGAAUUGGCUGGCAGGGGAUAGGAAUCCUACUUAAUGGACUCUUUGGAACAUUGACCGGCUCAACAGUAUCUAUAGAAAAUGUGGGGCUUCUUGGGAGCACUCGUGUUGGAAGCCGUAGGGUCAUUCAAAUAUCAGCUGGUUUUAUGAUAUUCUUCUCCAUGCUAGGAAAAUUUGGUGCUUUGUUUGCAUCAAUACCCUUCACUAUAUUUGCUGCUGCAUAUUGUGUAUUGUUUGGUCUUGUUGCUUCGGUGGGGCUAUCCUUUUUGCAAUUCACAAACAUGAACUCGAUGAGGAACCUCUUUAUCACUGGUGUAGCUUUAUUCUUGGGUUUGUCUGUUCCCGAGUAUUUCAGAGAAUACACUUUGAAGGCUUUUCAUGGUCCUGCUCACACCAAUGCCGGAUGGUUCAACGAUUUUCUUAAUACCAUCUUCUCCUCAUCUCCGACUGUGGCAUUGAUUGUCGCCGUUUUCUUAGAUAACACACUCGAGUACAAGGACAGUGCAAGAGACAGAGGAAUGCCAUGGUGGGUCAAAUUUCGAGCAUUCAAAGGGGACAGCCGCAAUGAGGAGUUUUACACUCUCCCUUUCAACCUUAACCGAUUCUUCCCUCCAUCUUAAGCGGUACCAUUAUUCCAGUACCAGAAAAAGAAGAUGUUUAGUGGAAAAACAUCAUUUCCAGAUAGGGAUUAGAUCAGUCAGGAACCCGGGUGGAACUUGGAGGAGAAGUCAAACAAUGACCCAUGCAGGGAAAAUGACAAGAGUCCUUCUGCUUCCCUAUAUUUUACUAUUAUAUUUUGACUCGGAUUAUUCGGGUUUAAUCCAAUAAAUUUAAUUAAUUA